GAGGAGAAAGGAUUGCCCGCAUGUCAUUUACAUCCAGAAUUUAUUAAAAUUGAGCCUCACUGUGAACACUGUAAUGCUGAAAAUAAACACAAUGAACAAGUGACCCCCAGACUUCUUUCCUCUGGACAGUUUUUACUGAAGCUGGACUCAGAGGGAACUUAUGAGUGCACGGAAACUGGUCUGAUAUUCGAGGUUAACAGAAAAGUUGACAUCAAGUAUUGCCUUUUGUCCUGGAGCAAAUAUGCAGACCUGGUUGUUAAGCCUUGGGUUGUUGGGGGACCCUUGUUUGAUGUUAAAUGUGACCCAACCUCUCUUACCUCCAUUGAGUUUCCACAUUUCCUCUGCUUGGGUCACCAUGAUGCCAAUAUGACAUUCAAAGUCUUACAUGUUCAGAGUUCUGGGGCCUCGUUAGAAUGUACCGUGGAUCAUUCUGCAAGCCAUGUCAAAUGGCACGUGAGCUCUCUGUCUCCCGUGGGACCUGUUAUUCAGAGUGAAGGAACAUUAUACCACCACGGGGCUGUGCUUCUGUACAAAGUCAUUGACCAUAAUCCAUCCCUGUCUUUUCGUGUAUACGUAGUAACCAAUAACAACUCCUUCGUCCAGGAUAUUGUCACAUCUGUAAAGAAGGCCCCUAAGAAAUUCAUGAAAAUCGACAAGCCUCCUGUUUGCCAGAAGCCAUUGCAGAGCGGGAAGAAGUACAGGCUGAUGAGUGAACCUGAAGCCGACAUCACCCCGGAGGAAAUUGAGUUUAUGGAUGGUUCACUUUUAAAACUGAAAAGUUAUAUUGAAGUUUAUUUGGAGCAACCAGUGGAGUUUAAAUUACUGUUAUUUGAAGUGGAUUCCAAUGAGAUCGUAUGGAAAGCAAAACUGAGAGAAUGUGACUGGGUUCAAGACGACAAGAGUCAGAACAUUUCAAAAAGCAGCACAAAAGGUAACAAGCGACGUAAAAGGGAUAGUGUCCCAUCUGAAGAGGAGGCCCGUGGGAAAAGGAUGAAGCAGGUUGACACUUCAGGUGGAGCAAGGACCCCUUUAACAGAUACCCAGUUGAUUAUCGUUGCUGAGAAGUUGGGUAAAGACUGGAUAAAAAUUAGCAUUGCGAAGCUGGACUUGGAUAUCAGCGUUAUUGAUACUAUCCGAGGGGAGGAAAAAAGUGAUACAGUUAGUGCGUUUAUGAUGCUGCAGAAGUGGCAAGAAAAGGAGCAGAGCAAUGCCACGGUCCAGAAUUUAUAUAACUGCUUGAAGGACACCUCAGCCGAAAUCGAAGAAUUGCUAGAAGGUUUCUUACAGGCAAUAUAAAAUUUGGACGAUGAACUAAAAAAGGAAGCCUCAGGAACUUUUUAUCUACAAAACACCAUUUCAGCUGGUCAUCGAGAAUACACUUGAGGAGACCUUGCACUUCACAGCCUCUGGAAGCAACUCCUCAACAGCCAGCCACUCUAGAGCUCACACUAUCUAGGGGCAAAGAGAAUGUAAACUUUUGGGAAACUUGAGAGAAAACACUUUUAUAAUAGCAAGAUUUGUUUUUUUCUUUUUUGUCAUCUCCUGCUCGCAUCAUCCCACCUGCUCCCCCACGAGACAGGUAUAAUUACAACGCUAGCUUGAAAUGACUCAGCUCAGGCAGGUGAGAAAUGUGGUCAUUUUCUUUUUGGAGUCUUUGGAUUAUGAAAUUCAUAUUAAGUGUUUGAAACCUUUUUAGCAAUUAAAUGAUGGUGUACUUGAACUUGUACCAAUUUAGCUUUCAUUGUAUUGACAUUAAUAAUGAAGAGAGGUUCCCCUUGUUUUACACACAGCCAGACAGCUUCCACAUAGACAGGCACACACACGUGCCUCUGAGUACAAUAUAUCCUUUUAUGUGGGUAUAAUUUCCAAUCUCAUUAUUAACCUGUCUGGCGAGUGGUCUGUUAAACCUCUACAUGGACAAUGUUACCUGGUCCUAGAGUGAUUAACAAGGCAGGCAGCCCUCUCCCCAUCACAGCAUAGAGACGCACCUUCAGGGGUGGUCUCCUCACCUUAUUGGGCAUCUUCGGGUGAGAUCGACUGUCAGAGUUGCUGCGGUUUUCAUCAGUCUUCCGAAGUCACUGGGCCAAACACUACUGCAUUUCUUGACUUUCACCCUGGAUCAUUUACUUUAAGGCAAGGGGGGUGGGGUGGGAAUCCACUCAGAAAUAACCUUAGCAGGACCAACGGAAAACGGUCAUCUCUUCUUGAAGAAGAUGUGCCCUAAGGAAUAAUGGGUCAUGCUGACUCUUGAUAAUUGGUGAAAUGUCAUUUUUUUUUUUUAAUGUAUAAAUAUUGUCACUCUUCUAGAAUCAUGAAUG